AUGAAGGAGAGGAUGAUGGGAAGGAAGAUGGUGAAGUUGUCGUGCAUACGAGGUCAGAUGCGAGGCGGGGACAUAGAGGGCGACUGGGUCACGAUGGGCGUCGUCAUCAACAAGACAAACCCGAAAACAUCAGCCAAUAAGGCGAACGAGAAAAUUCUCGAAGAGAGGUUUCCCUGCGUGGAUUUCACGUUCGAUGGAAGGACGCCAGUCAACCCUGACACACUGCCGUCACCGAGGUUAAUCAAGAUCCACCUUCCUUCUUACAGUCUUCUGCCGCAAACAAUCAAAGAUAAAAAGUGCAAGAUUGUGUACGUUUCGCGCAAUUCGAAAGACAAUUUUGUGUCCUUCUACUUCUUCGCAAAAAUGCUAAAAUCUCAGAAAGUAGAGAACCUGUCUUUGAAGCAAUGGGGAAUGCUCUUUCUUGGAGACAAAGUUUCAUACGGGCCGUACUGGAAACAUAACCUGAGUUACUGGGAUGUCAGAGAGGAAGCAAACAUUCUAUUCAUCAAAUACGAGGACAUGAAGAAGGAUCCCAAUGCAAGUAUCCGUAAGAUAGCCGAAUAUCUGGGUAAGGAACUCACAGAGGACCAAGUCGACCUGAUCGCUGAAGCCACUAGCUUCAAAAAGAUGAAAACAAACCCGAAGGCAAACUAUGAUUGGCUGCCAGAGAACGAUGUACCAGAAACACACAAAUUCAUGCGCAAAGGACAAGUCGGAGAUUGGAAAAACCACUUUGAUGAUGAGCUAAGCCAGAAGUUUGAUCAAGCGUACAAAAUGAACUUUGGGCCCUCUGGAUUGCAACACGAUUUCGAAUAGCACUAUUUCCGCGGAGAACACACUUUCGUUUAUUUUAAAUGAAAUUUUUGAAGUCUACUUUUGAACAUUAGUAGUAUCUCGUAAUAUAGCGCGCAGUGGCGUAGAUAAAUCGAAUGCGGUAGCAAUGAAUAACAAGCCAUGUUUUGCAAAAGCACGCAAAUACUUAUUUUCUCGCUUGAAUAAAAAUAAGUGCAAAAGAUAUCAUUAGAUGAUAGUGAUUUAAGUGGAAUCCUGCUAUGGCCCGCACGUACCUUCAUUUUCUGUUUUAAACUUCUUGCUUUUAAUAACGUUUUAGAAAGACCACCCAUGCAGUUAUGCGGUAAAAAAUUUAUAGCACAUGACUGAAAUGUGAUAACGUCUAUAAUUGAAUAAAAGCCGAUAGAGGCAAACAAUGUUAUUUGAUAUCACUACCCAACGAA